AUGGGCUCAAUCGAAAACACCACCGCCGCCGACCCUUCUUCCAUUCUGAAUGCCAGCCUUAACGGCACCUCCAAGGCAGAUGCUCCAAUCCCAACUCCACCCGUAACAGAGAUCCUGGCCUCCUUUGUCGCCGACGCCCCGUCACAUAUAUCAGAAUACUUGACGCCCCAGGUCCGCUCGCGCCUCAAGGAAUACAUCCUCGACUACAUCGGCGUGACCCUCGCAGCGACGCAGACAUGCGAGUCGACACCCGCGUUCCUCGCCGCGGUCGAGGCCCUCGGCGGACACAGCAGUGGCUCGACCGCAUGCACGGUCCUGGGCGUGGGCAAGCGUUAUGCGCCGCAGUACGCGGGCCUGUUGAACGCCGCGCUCGGCCACUCGCUCGACUUUGACGACACGUACGCGAGGGGGACGCUGCACGCGGGGGUGACGGCCAUUGCGGCGGCGUUUGCGCAGGCGGAGCAGGCGUACGCGGACGCGGACGCGGAGGCGAAGCCGGAGCCAGACUCUUCGUCGCAGUCGCCGUCCACGUCCAUGUCCACGUCCAUGGACCUCUUCUUGGUGGCGAUCGCGACAGGCUACGAAAUCACAUGCCGCCUCGGCGCGGUGCUGGGGCCCGAAGCCUACGCGCGCGGCUUCCACAACACGUCCACGGCGGGCAUCUUCGGCGCCGUGGCCACGCUCAGUGUGCUCAAGCGGCUUGAGGGGCACGUGGUGGCCAACGCGUUCGGCCUCGCGGGCAGCAAGGCCGCCGGGAGCAUGCAGUACCUGGCCAACGGGAGCUGGAACAAGCGCCUGCACCCCGGGUUCGCGGUGCAUGAUGCGUUCAUGUGCGUCGCGCUGGCCGAGGCCGGGGUGCUGGGCGCGGCCCAUAUCAUUGAAGGGGAAAUGGGCUUUCUGCACGCGUAUACGUCCAAACCCACGAUCCCCGCGGCUGACGUGGCGUGGUUGGUGGGCCAGCUGGGCCAGAGGUGGGAAUUCCUCGAAACGAGCCUCAAGCCGUUCCCCGCGUGUCGGAUGACGCACGGGUUUAUUGAGUACGCGGCCACAUUGGGCGUUGGCGCAGGGUAUGCGUCUUCGGCCGCGGACGUGAAGAGCAUCACACUGAGUCUGAGUCCCUCGAACGUGCUCGUCGUGGGGGUCCGGUCGCCCAACAAGUUACAUCCGGGAAAUAUGGUGGACGCGCAGUUCAGCGCGUACUUUACGACGGCGAACUCGUUCCUGUACGGCGCCGAGGACGCGGGCGGCGUGCAGUGUUAUCGUCCCGACCGGUUGAAUGAUCGCGAGAUCUGGGAUCUCAGCGAGAAGAUCGUCUGCGUCGGCGACGAGGGCAUCACGCAGUUCGGGUCGCGCAUCAGGGUCGAGUACGUCGACGGACAGGUCAGGGAGGUCGAUAUCCCCACGCCGCUUGGGGAGGUUGGGCGGCCGUUCGGGCGGGAGCUGGUCGAGCGGAAGUUUCGGGGGCUGGUGGAGCCCGUGGUUGGCGCGGAGAGGGCCAGUGCGAUGGUCAAGGCUGUGGAUGAGUUGGAGCGGUAUACUGUCGUGGAUAUUUUGGGGAUGUUGUGUUGA